CCGGGCAGCUUCCGCCGGAAGCGUCUCUUGAGUGCCUCUCCCUUCCCUGUCCCCCUGGUCCCAGUUGGCCAGCAUGGCUCCUGCAGGGGCGUCGCUCUGGCGUCGGCUGAAGGAGGCCUCGGUGGUACUGGGCGGUGGUGGUGUGCUUUUGGCCUCAUAUCUGGCAGCGACUGGGGACCGGGACUUCUAUACGGGACAGUUGAUGCCGGCCCUGCAGUGGGCCCUGGGCCCCGAGACCUCCCACACCCUGGCCCUCCGCUUCUUGGCCCUUGGGCUCCGGCCCCUGCGGCUCCGGAAGGAGGAGUGGGAGGCAGAAGGGGGCCCCAGCACCUUGGAGGCAAGGGUCUUUGGGCGGUGCUUCCGGAACCCCCUUGGUCUGGCGGCCGGCUUCGACAAGGACGGGGAGGCAGUGGAUGGCCUCUUUGGUCUGGGCUUCGGCUUCGUGGAGGUGGGCAGCGUUACCCCGCAACCUCAGGAGGGUAAUCCACGCCCCAGGGUCUUCCGCCUCGACCAGGACCAGGCCAUCAUCAACAGGUACGGCUUCAACAGCCAGGGCCAUGUGGCUGUGCAGCAGCGCCUAAAAGCUCGACAGGAGACCCAGUGUCACCUCCGGAAAGAGGGCAUGCUUCUCGGGAUCAACCUUGGCAAGAACAAGUCUUCAGUGGAUGCCUCUGCAGACUAUGUAGCAGGAGUUCAGAUGUUGGGCCCACUGGCUGACUACCUGGUGGUGAACGUUUCCAGCCCCAACACACCCGGUCUGCGGACCCUGCAGGGAAAAGCUGAGCUGCGCCUUCUACUGGGCAAGGUGCUGGCUGAGAGAGAUGCCCUUCCUGCGGAGCCCAAGCCGGCUGUCUUGGUGAAAAUCGCGCCAGACCUCACGACCCAAGAGAAGCGGGACAUUGCCAGUGUCGUCUGCGAGCUGGGUGUUGACGGACUGGUGGUCACCAACACCACUGUAAGCCGGCCAGACUCCCUGCGUGGGGCCCAUCGUGAUGAGGUGGGUGGCUUGAGUGGGCCCCCUUUGCGCCCGCUGUCCACUGAGACAGUCCGCGAGAUGUAUGCCCUCACCAAAGGACGCGUUCCCAUCAUUGGCGUGGGAGGCAUCUGCAGCGGUCAGGACGCCUUGGAGAAGAUCCGGGCAGGGGCCUCCCUGGUGCAGCUUUACACAGCCUUGGCCUACCAGGGGCCACCUGUGGUGUGGGCCGUGAAGCAGGAGCUGGCAGCACUCUUGAGGGAACAGGGAUUCCAGAGUGUCCAGGAGGCCGUGGGCGCGGACCACCUCCUCUGAGGAGCCUUGCUGAGACCUUACUGUGGACCCAGGGAGGCCCUUUGCCUCAGAUGCCCAGCGGGGACUUCUGAAGCUGGCGGAUUGGCUGCUCCCCAUUCUGCGGAAGCACCUGUGCAGUGGAAGAAACGGACAUCCUCUCCUUUGGCAUCCUAUCCCAAGUGGGAGCCCUGCAACCUGACACUCAAAGCUCAGAACAAGAUUGACUCAGCUAAGCAGACUGGACUUUGCAUUGUUGAUCAGAGAUCAUGGGGGGAGCACAAGGGGCAGAGGAAUCUAUGUCUCUUCAGCAUGGAGGCAGUCAGGUUCAGGAGGAGCCAUCCAUUCAGCCCUGUCGAUGCCUCCUCUCCCUGUUUGGCAGCCUCAAUGGGGACAGUGGGGCUGUGCUGCAGCCAGAAGCCUUGGAACAGGAUAUUUGGAGGGAAGGCACUAUCCUCUGCAGAGGCCAGCACUUCCUUGUCCCCAAAGGCAGACUCUCUCCUUCAGGCCAUUCAGUUUGGUGAACGUUUCAAUAAAGGCCUUGCCUCUUGGUUCAAA